AUGAAGGACGAGAUAGCACCCACGAAGCUAGCAAUGACCACACCAGUAGACAAAGAAGAAACUACUACAAAUCAUCAGAUAUCGUUUCAACCUUACGAAAUGUCAAUACAAGAGGAAAUAACGACAUCUAUUACAGAAACAUUAACAAAUUCAACGAUAAAGCCACCAGCAAAUAAAGACGAGACAAUUACUACCACACCACAAAUUAUACUCACAACAAUAAAAACAACCACCACAACCAUACCCACAACAACGACAGAAAAGACCACCACAACUAAACCAACAACUACGAUAGACAAGACUACCACAGCUAAACCAACAACAACGACUAUAAAAACUACUACUACCAUACCAACAACAACAGAAAGGACUACCACUGCUAUACCAACAACAACGACAGAAAAGUCUACCACAACUAAACCAACAACAACGACUUCAAAGACUACCACAACUAAACCAACAACAACGACUUCAAGGACUACCACAACUAAACCAACAACAACGACUUCAAAAACUACCACUCCUAUACUAACAACAACAGCAGAAAAGACUACCACUUCUAUACCAACAACAACGACAGAAAGGACUACCACAACCAAACCAACUACAACAACAACAACAGAAAAGACCACCACAACUAUGCUAACAACAACGACAUCAAGGACUACCACAACCAAACCAACUACAACAACAGAAAAGACCACCACAACUAUGCCAACAACAACGACAUCAAGGACCACCACAACUAAACCAACAACAACGACACAAAAUACUACCACUACUAUACCAACAACAACGACACAAAAGACUACCACAUCCAUACCAACAACAACGACUUCAAAGACUACUACUACCACAAACAUACCGACAACAACGACUUCAAAGACUACUACUACCACAACUAUACCAACAACAACGACACAAAAUACUACCACUACUAUACCAACAACAACGACAGAAAAGACUACCACUACUAUACCAACAACAACGACAGAAAAGACUACCACAACCAUACCAACAACAACGACAGAAAAAACUACCACAACCAUACCAACAACAACGACUUCAAAGACUACUACUACCACAACCAUACCGACAACAACGACUUCAAAGACUACUACUACCACAACUAUACCAACAACAACGACACAAAAGACUACCACUACUAUACCAACAACAACGACAGAAAAGACUACCACUACUAUACCAACAACAACGACAGAAAAGACUACCACAACCAUACCAACAACAACGACAGAAAAAACUACCACAACCAUACCAACAACAACGACUUCAAAGACUACUACUACCACAACUAUACCAACAACAACGACACAAAAGACUACCACUACUAAACCAACAACAACGACAGAAAAGACUACCACAACCAUACCAAUAACAACGACAGAAAAAACUACCACAACCAUACCAACAACAACGACUUCAAAGACUACUACUACCACAACCAUACCGACAACAACGACUUCAAAGACUACUAUUACCACAACUAUACCAACAACAACGACACAAAAGACUACCACUACUAUACCAACAACAACGACAGAAAAGACUACCACUACUAUACCAACAACAACGACAGAAAAGACUACCACAACCAUACCAACAACAACGACAGAAAAAACUACCACAACCAUACCAACAACAACGACUUCAAAGACUACUACUACCACUACCAUACCGACAACAACGACUUCAAAGACUACUACAACCACAACCAUACCAACAACAACAACAAAAAAAACUACCACCACCAAACCAACUACCACAACAACUACAGAAAAGACAACCACUGCUAUACCGACGACAGAAAUGACCACCACAACCAUACCAACAACAACAAAUAAAGAAAAUACAACCACUGCUAUACCAACAACAACGAUAGUUAUGACCACCACAACCAUACCAACAACAACAACAACAACUACAGAAAAGACAACCACUACUAUACCAACAAAAACGACAGAAAAGACUAUUACAACCAAACCAACAACAACAACAGAAGAGACUACCACAACCAAACUAACUACAACAACUACAGAAAAGACAACUCUUAUACCAACAACAACAACAGAAAUGACCGCCACAACCAUACCACCAACAACAACAACUACAGAAAAGACAACCACGGCUUUACCAACAACAACGACAGAAAUGAACACCACAAACAUACCACCAACAACAAGUACAGAAAAGACAAUCACUGCUAUACCAACAACAACAACAGAAGAGGCUACCACAACCGAACCAACUAUAACAACAGAAGAGACUACCACAACCAAAACGACUACAACAACUACAGAAAAGACAACCACUGUUAUACCAACAACAACAGAAGAGACUACCACAACCGAACCAACUACAACAACUACAGAAAAAACAACCACUGCUAUAUCAACAACAACGACAGAAAUGACCACCACACCCAUACCACCAACAACAACUACAGAAAAGACAACCACUGCAAUACCAACAACAACAACAACAGAAGAGACUACCACAACCGAACCAACAACAGCAACAACUACAGAAAAGACAACCACUGCUAUACCAACAACAACAGAAGAGACUACCACAACCGAACCAACUACAACAACUACAGAAAAAACAACCACUGCUAUAUCAACAACAACGACAGAAAUGACCACCACACCCAUACCACCAACAACAACUACAGAAAAGACAACCAAUGCAAUACCAACAACAACAACAACAGAAGAAGAGACUACCACAAUCGAACCAACUACAGAAAAGACAACCACAGCUAUACCAACAACAACAACAGAAGAGACUACCACAACCGAACCAACUACAAUAACUACAGAAAAAACAACCACUGCUAUAUCAACAACAACGAUAGAAAUGCCCACCAUAACCAUACCACCAACAACAACUACUGAAAAGACAACCACUGCUAUACCAACAACAACAACAACAACAACAGAAGAGACUACCACAACCGAACCAACUACAGAAAAGACAACCACUGCUAUACCAACAAUAACGACAGAAAAGACUACCACAACCAAACCAUCUACAACAACUACAGAAAAGACAACCACUGUUAUACCAACAACAACGACAGAAAUAACCACCACAACCAUACCACCAACAACAACAACUACAGAAAAGACAACCACUGCUAUACCAACAACAACAGAAGAGACUACCACAACCGAACCAACUACAACAACUACAGAAAAAACAACCACUGCUAUAUCAACAACAACGACAGAAAUGACCACCACACCCAUACCACCAACAACAACUACAGAAAAGACAACCAAUGCAAUACCAACAACAACAACAACAGAAGAGACUACCACAACCGAACCAACUACAGAAAAGACAACCACAGCUAUACCAACAACAACAACAGAAGAGACUACCACAACCGAACCAACUACAAUAACUACAGAAAAAACAACCACUGCUAUAUCAACAACAACGAUAGAAAUGCCCACCAUAAACAUACCACCAACAACAACUACUGAAAAGACAACCACUGCUAUACCAACAACAACAACAGAAGAGACUACCACAACCGAACCAACUACAGAAAAGACAACCACUGCUAUACCAACAAUAACGACAGAAAAGACUACCACAACCAAACCAUCUACAACAACUACAGAAAAGACAACCACUGUUAUACCAACAACAACGACCGAAAUUACUACCACAACCAUACCACCAACAACAACAACUACAGAAAAGACAACCACUGCUAUACCAACAACAACAGAAGAGACUACCACAACCGAACCAACUACAACAACUACAGAAAAAACAACCACUGCUAUAUCAACAACAACGACAGAAAUAACCACCACAACCAUACCACCAACAACAACAACUACAGAAAAGACAACCACUGCUAUACCAACAACAACAGAAGAGACUACCACAACCGAACCAACUACAACAACUACAGAAAAAACAACCACUGCUAUAUCAACAACAACGACAGAAAUGACCACCACACCCAUACCACCAACAACAACUACAGAAAAGACAACCACUGCAAUACCAACAACAACAACAACAGAAGAGACUACCACAACCGAACCAACUACAGAAAAGACAACCACAGCUAUACCAACAACAACAACAGAAGAGACUACCACAACCGAACCAACUACAAUAACUACAAAAAAAACAACCACUGCUAUAUCAACAACAACUAUAGAAAUGCCCACCAUAACCAUACCACCAACAACAACUACUGAAAAGACAACCACUGCUAUACCAACAACAACAACAGAAGAGACUACCACAACCGAACCAACUACAGAAAAGACAACCACAGCUAUACCAACAACAACAACAGAAAAGACUACUACAACCAAACCAACUACAGUAACAACAGAAAAGACCACCACUGCUAUACCAACAACAACAACAGAAGAGACUACCACAACCGAACCAACUACAACAACUACAGAAAAAACAACCACUGCUAUAUCAACAACAACGAUAGAGAUGACCACCACAACCAUACCACCAACAACAACUACAGAAAAGACAACCACUGCAAUACCAACAACAACAACAACAGAAGAGACUACCACAACCGAACCAACUACAGAAAAGACAACCACAGCUAUACCAACAACAACAACAGAAGAGACUACCACAACCGAACCAACUACAAUAACUACAGAAAAAACAACCACUGCUAUAUCAACAACAACGAUAGAAAUGCCCACCAUAACCAUACCACCAACAACAACUACUGAAAAGACAACCACUGCUAUACCAACAACAACAACAGAAGAGACUACCACAACCGAACCAACUACAGAAAAGACAACCACUGCUAUACCAACAAUAACGACAGAAAAGACUACCACAACCAAACCAUCUACAACAACAACAGAAAAGACGACCAGUACUAUACCAACAACAACGACAGAAAAGACUACUACAACCAAACCAACUACAGUAACAACAGAAAAGACCACCACUACUAUACCAACAACAACGACAGAAAGGACUACCACAACCAAACCAACUACAACAACAACAGAAAAGACAACCACUACUAUACCAACAACAACAACAGAAAAGACUACCACAACCAAACCAUCUACAACAACAACAGAAAAGACGACCAGUACUAUACCAACAACAACGACAGAAAAGACUACUACAACCAAACCAACUACAGUAACAACAGAAAAGACCACCACUACUAUACCAACAACAACGAUAGAAAAAACUACCACAACCAAACCAACUACAACAACAACAGAAAAGACCACCACUAAUAUACCAACAACAUCAACAGAAAAGACCACCACUACUAUAUCAACAACAACGACAGAAAUGGCCUCAACAACUAAACCAACAACAACGACUUCAAGGACUUCCACAACUCAACCAACAACAACGACUUCAAAGACUACUACAACUUUACCAACUACAACAUCAGAAAAGACUACCACAACUAAACCAACUACAACAACAACAGAAAAGACCACCACUACUACACCAACAACAACGACAGAAACGGCCACAACAACUAAACCAACAACAACGACGUCAAAGACUACCACAACUAAACCAAAAACAACGACUUCAAAGACUACUACAACUAUACCAACUACAACAACAACAGAAAAGACCACCACUGCUUUACCAACAACAACGACAGAAAAAACUACUACAACCAAACCAACUACAAGAACAACAGAAGAGACCACCACUACUAAAACAAUAUCAAUGACAGCAGAGACCACAAAUACUGAAACAAAACAAACAACAGUAGUAACCAUCCCUACAACAACAAAUGCAACGACAGAAGACUCAACUACAACUGAAGCAAUACCAACGACAACAGAGACAGUCAACACUAAAACAAUACCAACGAAAGUAAAUACCACCACUACUAAACCAACAUCAGUGACAGUAGAGACUACAAUUAACGAAACCACACCAACGACAUCGCACACCACCACAAAAACACCAUCGUCAAAAGACACCACAACCGCUGAAACAACACCAAUAACAGCUGAAACUACCACUAUCGAAACAAUACCAACGACAGAAGACACUACAACUGAAACAACAACAUCAACGAUAGAACAACCCACCACCACUGAAACUACAACUAUAACAGCACAGACCAUCACUGCCGAAAGUACACAAUCGACAUUAGAGACUACAAUAACUGAAACAACACCAACAACGGCAGAAGAGACCACAACUACUGUGACAACGCCAAUGUCAGCAGAAACUACCACGACAGAUACAACACUAACAACAGCAGAGAUAACAACAACUGAAACAACAUCAACGGCAGAUCGACCGACCACUACUGAAACCAUAACAACAACAGCACAGACCACCGCUACCGAAAGUACACCAUCGACAGCACAAACUACAACAGAAACAGCACCAAUGACAGUGAAGACCACCAUCACAGUAACAACCCCAACGACAGUAGAGACAACAACUACAGAAACUUCAUCAUCCAUAGCAGAGAUCACCACUACUGUGGCAACGCCAAUGUCAGUAGAAACUACCACGACAGAUACAACACUAACGACUGCAGAGAUAACAACAACUGAAACAACAACAACGGCAGAACAACCGGCCACUACUGAAACCAUAACAACAACAGCACAGACCACCGCUACCGAAAGUACACCAUCGACAGCAGAAACUACAACAGAAACAACACCAAUGACAGUGAAGAGCACCACUACAGUUACAACCCCAACGACAGUAGAGACAACAACUACAGAAACUUCAUCAUCCAUAGCAGAGAUCACCACUACUGUAAAAACACCAACAACAAAUGCAACACUAUCAACGACAGAACAACCCGCCAAUACUGAAACUACAACUAUAACCAACACUACCGAAAGUACACCACCGACAGUAGAGACUACAACAACUGAAACAAUAUCAACGACAGAACAACCCACCAAUACUGAAACUACAACUAUAACCAACGCUAACGAAAGUACACCAUUGACAGCAGAGACUACAACAACUGGAACAACACCAACGACAGUGAAGACUACCACUACUGUAACAACACCAAUGACAGUUGAUGUUGCCACUACUGUGACAACAUCAUCAACCACUGCCACAUCAACAGAAUCUACCACUGCCGAAACAACACCAAAGACAACAGAGACUAUAACAAUUGAAACCACACAAAUAACAGCCAAGACCACUACUGCUAAAAAGCCACCACCGACAAAAGAAACAACCACUGCCGAAACAACACUAACGACAGCAGAGACAUCAAUAAGUAUAACAACGCCAACAACAAUAGAUACCACAACUACUGACUCUACAACAUCGAUAGCAGAGACUACCACAACCGCAACAGCUGUGACGACAGCAGAAACUACAACAACUGGAACAACACCAACGACAGAUAAGACUACCACAACUGAAGCAACAGCAGAGACUACAACGACUGAAGCAACAGCAACAACUUUACAAACUACCACAGCUGUACUAACACCAACGCCAACAGAAACUACCGCUACAGAAACCACACUAACGAUAGCAAAGACAACAACAAUUGAAACAACACCAACGACAGUGAAGACCACCACUACUGUAACAACACCAACGACAGUAGAUACCACAACUGUGACAAUAUCAUCUACCACUGCCACAUCAACAGAAUCUACCACUGCAGAAACAACAACAAAGACAACAGAGGCUAAAACAACUGCAACCACACAAAUGUCAGCAAAUACCACUACUGCUAAAGAGCCACCAACGACAAUAGAAACAAUCACUACCGAAAGAAUACUAACGACAGCAGAGACUAUAACAAGUACAACAACACCAAUGACAAUAGAGACCACAAGUACUGACACUACAACAUCGAUAACAGAGACUACCACGACUGAUACUACACCAACGACAGCUGAGACUACCAGAACUGAAACAACACCAACAACAACAGAGACUAAAACGACUGAAGCAAUAUCAACAACAGUACAAACUACCACAGCUGUACUAACACCAACGUCAACAGAAACUACAAUAAUUAAAACAACUCCAACAAUAGUGGACACCACUACCACUGGAACAAAAUUGACGACAGUGGAGACCACUGCCUUUGGUACAACACCAACGACAGUGGAUACUUCUGCCACUGGAACAACACCAGCAACAGCCACAACUGUCACUAGCGAAACAACACCAAUGGCAGCAGAGACUACAACAAUUGAAGCAACUGCAACAACAGAAGAGACCACAACUUAUGUAACGAAACCAACGUCAACAAUAACCACCACUAUCGAAACGACACCAAGGACAGAAGAGACUAUAACAACUGAAACAAUACCAACGACAGGGGAGACAAGCACCAUUGUUACAAAACCAACGACAGCAGAGAUAACAACAACUGUAGCAUUAGCAACCACAGUAGAGACCACCACUCCUGUAACGACAGCAACGUCAACAGAAAUAACCACUUCUGAAACAACACCAGAGUCAGCAGAGACUACAACAUCUGAAACCACACUAACGACAGCGAAGAUUACCACUACUGAAAGAACAUCAACGGCUGCAGACACCACCACUACUGAAUCAACAUUAUUAACAACAGAGACUACAACAACUGAAUCAACCCCAACAACAGUGGAAACCACUACCACUGGAACAAUACUAACGACAGUGGAGACCACUGCCAGUGAUACAACACCAACUACAGUGGAGACCACUGCGACUGGAACAACACCAACGACAGUGGAUACUUCUGCCACUGGAACAACACCAGCAACAGCUACAACUGUCACUACCGAAACAACGCCAAUGGCAGCAGAGACUACAACAAUUGAAGCAACUGCAACAACAGAAGAGACCAUCACUUAUGUAACGACACCAACGUCAACAAAAACCACCACGAUCGAAACGACACCAAGGACAGAAGAGACUACAACAACUGAAACAAUACCAACGACAGGGGAGACAACAAAAACUGCAGCAUUAGAAACCACAGUAGAGACCACCACUCCUGUAACGACAGCAACGUCAACAGAAAUAACCACUUCUGAAACAACACCAGAGACAGUAGAGACUACAACAUCUGAAACCACACUAACGACAGCGAAGAUUACCACUACUGAAAGAACAUCAACGGCUGCAGACACCACCACUACUGAAUCAACAUUAUUAACAACAGAGACUACAACAACUGAAUCAACACCAACAACAGUGGAAACCACUACCACUGGAACAAUACUAACGACAGUGGAGACCACUGCCAGUGAUACAACACCAACUACAGUGGAGACCACUGCGACUGGAACAACACCAACGACAGUGGAUACUCCUGCCACUGGAACAACACCAGCAACAGCUACAACUGUCACUACCGAAACAACGCCAAUGGCAGCAGAGACUACAACAAUUGAAGCAACUGCAACAACAGAAGAGACCAUCACUUAUGUAACGACACCAACGUCAACAAAAACCACCACGAUCGAAACGACACCAAGGACAGAAGAGACUACAACAACUGAAACAAUACCAACGACAGGGGAGACAACAACAACUGCAGCAUUAGAAACCACAGUAGAGACCACCACUCCUGUAACGACAGCAACGUCAACAGAAAUAACCACUUCUGAAACAACACCAGAGACAGCAGAGACUACAACAUCUGAAACCACACUAACGAUAGCGAAGAUUACCACUACUGAAAGAACAUCAACGGCUGCAGACACCACCACUACUGAAUCAACAUUAUUAACAACAGAGACUACAACAACUGAACCAACACCAACAACAGUGGAAACCACUACCACUGGAACAAUACUAACGACAGUGGAGACCACUGCCAGUGAUACAACACCAACUACAGUGCAGACUACUGCGACUGGAACAACACCAACGACAGUGGAUACUCCUGCCACUGGAACAACACCAGCAACAGCUACAACUGUCACUACCGAAACAAAACCAAUGGCAGCAGAGACUACAACAACUGAAGCAACUGCAACAACAGAAGAGACCACCACUUAUGUAACGACACCAACGUCAACAAAAACCAACACUAUCGAAACGACACCAAGGACAGAAGAGACUACAACAACUGAAACAAUACCAACGACAGGGGAGACCAGCACCAUUUUUUCAAAACCAACGACAGGGGAGACAACAACAACUGCAGCAUUAGAAACCACAGUAGAGACCACCACUCCUGUAACGAUAGCAACGUCAACAGAAAUAACCACUUCUGAAACAACACCAGAGACAGCAGAGACUACAACAUCUGAAACCACACUAACGAUAGCGAAGAUUACCACUACUGAAAGAACAUCAACGGCUGCAGACACCACCACUACUGAAUCAACAUUAUUAACAACAGAGACUACAACAACUGAAUCAACACCAACAACAGUGGAAACCACUACCACUGGAACAAUACCAACGACAGUAGAGACCACUGCCAGUGAUACAACACCAACUACAGUGCAGACCACUGCGACUGGAACAACACCAACGACAGUGGAUACUCCUGCCACUGGAACAACACCAGCAACAGCUACAACUGUCACUACCGAAACAAAACCAAUGGCAGCAGAGACUACAACAAUUGAAGCAACUGCAACAACAGAAGAGACCACCACUUAUGUAACGACACCAACGUCAACAAAAACCACCACGAUCGAAACGACACCAAGGACAGAAGAGACUACAACAACUGAAACAAUACCAACGACAGGGGAGACAACAACAACUGCAGCAUUAGAAACCACAGUAGAGACCACCACUCCUGUAACGACAGCAACGUCAACAGAAAUAACCACUUCUGAAACAACACCAGAGACAGAAGAGACUACAACAUCUGAAACCACACUAACGAUAGCGAAGAUUACCACUACUGAAAGAACAUCAACGGCUGCAGACACCACCACUACUGAAUCAACAUUAUUAACAACAGAGACUACAACAACUGAAUCAACACCAACAACAGUGGAAACCACUACCACUGGAACAAUACUAACGACAGUGGAGACCACUGCCAGUGAUACAACACCAACUACAGUGGAGACCACUGCGACUGGAACAACACCAACGACAGUGGAUACUUCUGCCACUGGAACAACACCAGCAACAGCUACAACUGUCACUACCGAAACAACGCCAAUGGCAGCAGAGACUACAACAAUUGAAGCAACUGCAACAACAGAAGAGACCAUCACUUAUGUAACGACACCAACGUCAACAAAAACCACCACGAUCGAAACGACACCAAGGACAGAAGAGACUACAACAACUGCAACAAUACCAACGACAGAGGAGACAACAACAACUGCAGCAUUAGAAACCACAGUAGAGACCACCACUCCUGUAACGACAGCAACGUCAACAGAAAUAACCACUUCUGAAACAACACCAGAGACAGCAGAGACUACAACAUCUGAAACCACACUAACGAUAGCGAAGAUUACCACUACUGAAAGAACAUCAACGGCUGCAGACACCACCACUACUGAAUCAACAUUAUUAACAACAGAGACUACAACAACUGAACCAACACCAACAACAGUGGAAACCACUACCACUGGAACAAUACUAACGACAGUGGAGACCACUGCCAGUGAUACAACACCAACUACAGUGGAGACCACUGCGACUGGAACAACACCAACGACAGUGGAUACUCCUGCCACUGGAACAACACCAGCAACAGCUACAACUGUCACUACCGAAACAAAACCAAUGGCAGCAGAGACUACAACAACUGAAGCAACUGCAACAACAGAAGAGACCACCACUUAUGUAACGACACCAACGUCAACAAAAACCACCACGAUCGAAACGACACCAAGGACAGAAGAGACUACAACAACUGAAACAAUACCAACGACAGGGGAGACAACAACAACUGCAGCAUUAGAAACCACAGUAGAGACCACCACUCCUGUAACGACAGCAACGUCAACAGAAAUAACCACUUCUGAAACAACACCAGAGACAGAAGAGACUACAACAUCUGAAACCACACUAACGAUAGCGAAGAUUACCACUACUGAAAGAACAUCAACGGCUGCAGACACCACCACUACUGAAUCAACAUUAUUAACAACAGAGACUACAACAACUGAAUCAACACCAACAACAGUGGAAACCACUACCACUGGAAUAAUACCAACGACAGUAGAGACCACUGCCAGUGAUACAACACCAACUACAGUGCAGACCACUGCGACUGGAACAACACCAACGACAGUGGAUACUCCUGCCACUGGAACAACACCAGCAACAGCUACAACUGUCACUACCGAAACAAAACCAAUGGCAGCAGAGACUACAACAAUUGAAGCCACUGCAACAACAGAAGAGACCACCACUUAUGUAACGACACCAACGUCAACAAAAACCACCACGAUCGAAACGACACCAAGGACAGAAGAGACUACAACAACUGAAACAAUACCAACGACAGGGGAGACAACAACAACUGCAGCAUUAGAAACCACAGUAGAGACCACCACUCCUGUAACGACAGCAACGUCAACAGAAAUAACCACUUCUGAAACAACACCAGAGACAGCAGAGACUACAACAUCUGAAACCACACUAACGAUAGCGAAGAUUACCACUACUGAAAGAACAUCAACGGCUGCAGACACCACCACUACUGAAUCAACAUUAUUAACAACAGAGACUACAACAACUGAACCAACACCAACAACAGUGGAAACCACUACCACUGGAAUAAUACCAACGACAGUAGAGACCACUGCCAGUGAUACAACACCAACUACAGUGCAGACCACUGCGACUGGAACAACACCAACGACAGUGGAUACUCCUGCCACUGGAACAACACCAGCAACAGCUACAACUGUCACUACCGAAACAAAACCAAUGGCAGCAGAGACUACAACAACUGAAGCCACUGCAACAACAGAAGAGACCACCACUUAUGUAACGACACCAACGUCAACAAAAACCACCACGAUCGAAACGACACCAAGGACAGAAGAGACUACAACAACUGAAACAAUACCAACGACAGGGGAGACAACAACAACUGCAGCAUUAGAAACCACAGUAGAGACCACCACUCCUGUAACGACAGCAACGUCAACAGAAAUAACCACUUCUGAAACAACACCAGAGACAGCAGAGACUACAACAUCUGAAACCACACUAACGAUAGCGAAGAUUACCACUACUGAAAGAACAUCAACGGCUGCAGACACCACCACUACUGAAUCAACAUUAUUAACAACAGAGACUACAACAACUGAAUCAACACCAACAACAGUGGAAACCACUACCACUGGAACAAUACCAACGACAGUAGAGACCACUGCCAGUGAUACAACACCAACUACAGUGCAGACCACUGCGACUGGAACAACACCAACGACAGUGGAUACUCCUGCCACUGGAACAACACCAGCAACAGCUACAACUGUCACUACCGAAACAAAACCAAUGGCAGCAGAGACUACAACAAUUGAAGCAACUGCAACAACAGAAGAGACCACCACUUAUGUAACGACACCAACGUCAACAAAAACCACCACGAUCGAAACGACACCAAGGACAGAAGAGACUACAACAACUGAAACAAUACCAACGACAGGGGAGACAACAACAACUGCAGCAUUAGAAACCACAGUAGAGACCACCACUCCUGUAACGACAGCAACGUCAACAGAAAUAACCACUUCUGAAACAACACCAGAGACAGCAGAGACUACAACAUCUGAAACCACACUAACGAUAGCGAAGAUUACCACUACUGAAAGAACAUCAACGGCUGCAGACACCACCACUACUGAAUCAACAUUAUUAACAACAGAGACUACAUCAACUGAAUCAACACCAACAACAGUGGAAACCACUACCACUGGAACAAUACUAACGACAGUGGAGACCACUGCCAGUGAUACAACACCAACUACAGUGGAGACCACUGCGACUGGAACAACACCAACGACAGUGGAUACUUCUGCCACUGGAACAACACCAGCAACAGCUACAACUGUCACUACCGAAACUACGCCAAUGGCAGCAGAGACUACAACAACUGAAGCAACUGCAACAACAGAAGAGACCACCACUUAUGUAACGACACCAACGUCAACAAAAACCAACACUAUCGAAACGACACCAAGGACAGAAGAGACUACAACAACUGAAACAAUACCAACGACAGGGGAGACCAGCACCAUUUUUUCAAAACCAACGACAGCAGAGAUAACAACAACUGUAGCAUUAGCAACCACAGUAGAGACCACCACUCCUGUAACGACAGCAACGUCAACAGAAAUAACCACUUCUGAAACAACACCAGAGACAGCAGAGACUACAACAUCUGAAACCACACUAACGACAGCGAAGAUUACCACUACUGAAAGAACAUCAACGGCUGCAGACACCACUACUACUGAAUCAACAUUCUUAACAACAGAGACUACAACAACUGAAUCAACACCAACAACAGUGGAAACCACUACCACUGGAACAAUACUAACGACAGUGGAGACCACUGCCAGUGAUACAACACCAACUACAGUGGAGACCACUGCGACUGGAACAACACCAAUGACAGUGGAUACUUCUGCCACUGGAACAACACCAGCAACAGCUACAACUGUCACUACCGAAACAACGCCAAUGGCAGCAGAGACUACAACAAUUGAAGCAACUGCAACAACAGAAGAGACCAUCACUUAUGUAACGACACCAACGUCAACAAAAACCACCACGAUCGAAACGACACCAAGGACAGAAGAGACUACAACAACUGAAACAAUACCAACGACAGAGGAGACAACAACAACUGCAGCAUUAGAAACCACAGUAGAGACCACCACUCCUGUAACGACAGCAACGUCAACAGAAAUAACCACUUCUGAAACAACACCAGAGACAGCAGAGACUACAACAUCUGAAACCACACUAACGAUAGCGAAGAUUACCACUACUGAAAGAACAUCAACGGCUGCAGACACCACCACUACUGAAUCAACAUUAUUAACAACAGAGACUACAACAACUGAACCAACACCAACAACAGUGGAAACCACUACCACUGGAAUAAUACCAACGACAGUAGAGACCACUGCCAGUGAUACAACACCAACUACAGUGCAGACCACUGCGACUGGAACAACACCAACGACAGUGGAUACUCCUGCCACUGGAACAACACCAGCAACAGCUACAACUGUCACUACCGAAACAAAACCAAUGGCAGCAGAGACUACAACAACUGAAGCCACUGCAACAACAGAAGAGACCACCACUUAUGUAACGACACCAACGUCAACAAAAACCACCACGAUCGAAACGACACCAAGGACAGAAGAGACUACAACAACUGAAACAAUACCAACGACAGGGGAGACAACAACAACUGCAGCAUUAGAAACCACAGUAGAGACCACCACUCCUGUAACGACAGCAACGUCAACAGAAAUAACCACUUCUGAAACAACACCAGAGACAGCAGAGACUACAACAUCUGAAACCACACUAACGAUAGCGAAGAUUACCACUACUGAAAGAACAUCAACGGCUGCAGACACCACCACUACUGAAUCAACAUUAUUAACAACAGAGACUACAACAACUGAAUCAACACCAACAACAGUGGAAACCACUACCACUGGAACAAUACCAACGACAGUAGAGACCACUGCCAGUGAUACAACACCAACUACAGUGCAGACCACUGCGACUGGAACAACACCAACGACAGUGGAUACUCCUGCCACUGGAACAACACCAGCAACAGCUACAACUGUCACUACCGAAACAAAACCAAUGGCAGCAGAGACUACAACAAUUGAAGCAACUGCAACAACAGAAGAGACCACCACUUAUGUAACGACACCAACGUCAACAAAAACCACCACGAUCGAAACGACACCAAGGACAGAAGAGACUACAACAACUGAAACAAUACCAACGACAGGGGAGACAACAACAACUGCAGCAUUAGAAACCACAGUAGAGACCACCACUCCUGUAACGACAGCAACGUCAACAGAAAUAACCACUUCUGAAACAACACCAGAGACAGCAGAGACUACAACAUCUGAAACCACACUAACGAUAGCGAAGAUUACCACUACUGAAAGAACAUCAACGGCUGCAGACACCACCACUACUGAAUCAACAUUAUUAACAACAGAGACUACAUCAACUGAAUCAACACCAACAACAGUGGAAACCACUACCACUGGAACAAUACUAACGACAGUGGAGACCACUGCCAGUGAUACAACACCAACUACAGUGGAGACCACUGCGACUGGAACAACACCAACGACAGUGGAUACUUCUGCCACUGGAACAACACCAGCAACAGCUACAACUGUCACUACCGAAACUACGCCAAUGGCAGCAGAGACUACAACAACUGAAGCAACUGCAACAACAGAAGAGACCACCACUUAUGUAACGACACCAACGUCAACAAAAACCAACACUAUCGAAACGACACCAAGGACAGAAGAGACUACAACAACUGAAACAAUACCAACGACAGGGGAGACCAGCACCAUUUUUUCAAAACCAACGACAGCAGAGAUAACAACAACUGUAGCAUUAGCAACCACAGUAGAGACCACCACUCCUGUAACGACAGCAACGUCAACAGAAAUAACCACUUCUGAAACAACACCAGAGACAGCAGAGACUACAACAUCUGAAACCACACUAACGACAGCGAAGAUUACCACUACUGAAAGAACAUCAACGGCUGCAGACACCACUACUACUGAAUCAACAUUCUUAACAACAGAGACUACAACAACUGAAUCAACACCAACAACAGUGGAAACCACUACCACUGGAACAAUACUAACGACAGUGGAGACCACUGCCAGUGAUACAACACCAACUACAGUGGAGACCACUGCGACUGGAACAACACCAAUGACAGUGGAUACUUCUGCCACUGGAACAACACCAGCAACAGCUACAACUGUCACUACCGAAACAACGCCAAUGGCAGCAGAGACUACAACAAUUGAAGCAACUGCAACAACAGAAGAGACCAUCACUUAUGUAACGACACCAACGUCAACAAAAACCACCACGAUCGAAACGACACCAAGGACAGAAGAGACUACAACAACUGAAACAAUACCAACGACAGAGGAGACAACAACAACUGCAGCAUUAGAAACCACAGUAGAGACCACCACUCCUGUAACGACAGCAACGUCAACAGAAAUAACCACUUCUGAAACAACACCAGAGACAGCAGAGACUACAACAUCUGAAACCACACUAACGAUAGCGAAGAUUACCACUACUGAAAGAACAUCAACGGCUGCAGACACCACCACUACUGAAUCAACAUUAUUAACAACAGAGACUACAACAACUGAACCAACACCAACAACAGUGGAAACCACUACCACUGGAACAAUACUAACGACAGUGGAGACCACUGCCAGUGAUACAACACCAACUACAGUGCAGACUACUGCGACUGGAACAACACCAACGACAGUGGAUACUCCUGCCACUGGAACAACACCAGCAACAGCUACAACUGUCACUACCGAAACAAAACCAAUGGCAGCAGAGACUACAACAACUGAAGCAACUGCAACAACAGAAGAGACCACCACUUAUGUAACGACACCAACGUCAACAAAAACCAACACUAUCGAAACGACACCAAGGACAGAAGAGACUACAACAACUGAAACAAUACCAACGACAGGGGAGACCAGCACCAUUUUUUCAAAACCAACGACAGCAGAGAUAACAACAACUGUAGAAUUAGCAACCACAGUAGAGACCACCACUUCUGUAACGACAGCAACGUCAACAGAAAUAACCACUUCUGAAACAACACCAAAGACAGCAGAGACUACAACGUCUGAAACCACACCAACGACAGCGAAGAUUACCACUACUGAAAGAACAUCAACGGCUACAGACACCACUACUACUGAAUCAACAUUCUUAACAACAGAGACUACAACAACUGAAUCAACACCAACAACAGUGGAAACCACUACCACUGGAACAAUACUAACGACAGUGGAGACCACUGCCAGUGAUACAACACCAACUACAGUGGAGAACACUGCGACUGGAACAACACCAACGACAGUGGAUACUUCUGCCACUGGAACAACACCAGCAACAGCUACAACUGUCACUACCGAAACAACGCCAAUGGCAGCAGAGACUACAACAAUUGAAGCAACUGCAACAACAGAAGAGACCACCACUUAUGUAACGACACCAACGUCAACAAAAACCACCACGAUCGAAACGACACCAAGGACAGAAGAGACUACAACAACUGAAACAAUACCAACGACAGAGGAGACAACAACAACUGCAGCAUUAGAAUCCACAGUAGAGACCACCACUCCUGUAACGACAGCAACGUCAACAGAAAUAACCACUUCUGAAACAACACCAGAGACAGCAGAGACUACAACAUCUGAAACCACACCAACGACAGCGAAGAUUACCACUACUGAAAGAACAUCAACGGCUGCAGACACCACCACUACUGAAUCAACAUUAUUAACAACAGAGACUACAACAACUGAAUCAACACCAACAACAGUGGAAACCACUACCACUGGAACAAUACCAACGACAGUAGAGACCACUGCCAGUGAUACAACACCAACUACAGUGCAGACCACUGCGACUGGAACAACACCAACGACAGUGGAUACUCCUGCCACUGGAACAACACCAGCAACAGCUACAACUGUCACUACCGAAACAAAACCAAUGGCAGCAGAGACUACAACAACUGAAGCAACUGCAACAACAGAAGAGACCACCACUUAUGUAACGACACCAACGUCAACAAAAACCACCACGAUCGAAACGACACCAAGGACAGAAGAGACUACAACAACUGAAACAAUACCAACGACAGGGGAGACAACAACAACUGCAGCAUUAGAAACCACAGUAGAGACCACCACUCCUGUAACGACAGCAACGUCAACAGAAAUAACCACUUCUGAAACAACACCAGAGACAGCAGAGACUACAACAUCUGAAACCACACUAACGAUAGCGAAGAUUACCACUACUGAAAGAACAUCAACGGCUGCAGACACCACCACUACUGAAUCAACAUUAUUAACAACAGAGACUACAACAACUGAAUCAACACCAACAACAGUGGAAACCACUACCACUGGAACAAUACCAACGACAGUAGAGACCACUGGCAGUGAUACAACACCAACUACAGUGCAGACCACUGCGAGUGGAACAACACCAACGACAGUGGAUACUCCUGCCACUGGAACAACACCAGCAACAGCUACAACUGUCACUACCACCGAAACAAAACCAAUGGCAGCAGAGACUACAACAACUGAAGCAACUGUAACAACAGAAGAGACCACCACUUAUGUUACGACACCAACGUCAACAAAAACCAACACUAUCGAAACGACACCAAGGACAGUAGAGACUUCAACAACUGAAACAACACCGACUACAGUAGAAACCACGACCACUGAAACAAUAACAUUAACAGCAAAAACUACCUCUACCGAAACAAGACCAAUAACAGCAAAGAGCACCACUACUGAAUCAACAACAUUGUCAAUAGAAACCACCACUACUGAAGAAACAUUUAUGACAGAAAACACCACCACAACCGAAACUACAACAUUGACACCAGAUGUUGCCACUACCGAAACAACACCAACGACUGCAGAGACUACUGCUUCUGAACAAACAACAACACCAAAGACAGCAGAGGUCACUACUACUAAAGCAACACCAACGACAGCAGCGACUACCACAACCGCAACAGCGCCUACGACAGUAGAGACUUUAACAACUGAAACAACACCGACUACAGUAGAAACCACGACUACUGAAACAACAACAUUAACAGCAGAAACUACCUCUACCGAAACAAGACCAAUAACAGCAAAGAAAACCACUACUGAAUCAACAACAUUGUCAGAAAAAGCUACACCGACCGCACCAACGACAGCGGCAACUACCACAACCGCAACAGCGCCUACAACAGUAGAGACUUCAACAACUGAAACAACACCGACUACAGUAGAAACCACGACUACUGAAACAACAACAUUAACAGCAGAAAAUACCUCUACCGAAACAACACCAACGACAGCUGAGACCAUCACUACCGAAACAACACCAACGACAGCAGAAACCAUCACUACUGAAUCAACAACAUUCACAGGACAUACUACAACAACCGAAGCAACAACAACUACAGCAAAAUCUUCUUCUACUGAAACAAUAUCAACUAUAGCAGCAAUAACCACUACUACUGAAGCAACACCAGCGACAUCAGAGACAAACUUUACUGUGGCAACAUCAACGACAGCAGAUAAUACAAUAACUGAUACAACACCAACGACAACGGAAACUACCACUAUCGAAACCAAACCAACGACAGCAGAGACUAUUUUUGCUGAUACAACAACCUAUACAGAACACACAACAACUACCAAAAUAACACCAACUACAGCUGAAAUUUCCACCACCGAAACAACACUAACGAGAGGAGAGACUAUGACACCCGAAACAACAAUAAAAACAGCACAUACUACCACAACCUUAACAACACCAACGACAGUGGACGUCACAACAAUACUGACAGCAGAUACUUCCACUUUCGAAAAAACUCCAACAACAGCAGAAACUUCCACUAUCAAAACAACACCAUCGAUAGCAGAGAAUAACUUUACUGAGACAACAACUUAUACAGAACACAGAACAACUACCGAAAUAACACCAAUCACAGCAGAAACUACCGCUACCGUAACAAUACUAACGACAGGAGAGAUUUUGGCAACCGAAACAGCACCAAAAACAGCUGAGACUACAACAACCGCAACAGCAUCAACGACGACAGAGAGGACAACAACGAAAACAGCUCCAAAGACAGUGGAGACAACCAGUACUGAAACAACAAUAUUACCAGGAGACACUAACACAACCCUAACAGCACGAACGACAUUAGAGACUACAACAACUGAAACAACACCAAUAAUAUUAGACACCACCACUAUUGAAACAACAAUAUUGACAGUAGAUACUAUCAUUUUCGAAACAACACCAACGACAGCAGACACAACCUCUACUGAGACAACAACUGAUAAAGAACAGACAACAACUACCAAAAUAACACCAACUUCAGCAGAAACUUCCACCAGGGAAACAAGACUAACGACAGAAGAGACGUUGACAACCGAAACAACGCCAAAAACAGUGGAGACUACAACAACCGUAACCGCUCCAGCACCAACGACAGCAGAGACCACCACUACUGAAACAACUAUGUUGACAGCAGAUACUACAGCUAUUGAAACAACACCAACGACAGCAGAGACUACCUCUACUGAGACAACCCAUACAGAACAGACAACAACCACCAAAAUAACACCAACUACAGCAGAAACUUCCACCACCGAAACAACACUAAUGACAGGAGAGACGUUGAAAUCCGAAACAACGUCAAAAGCAGUGGAGACUACAACAACCGUAACCGCACUAACGACAGUAGAGACCACGACUAAUGAAAAAAUACCACCGACAAUAGAUACCACCACUACUGAAGUAACAAAACUGACAGUAGAUAGCAGCACUAUCACAACAACACCAGCGACAGCAGACUCUACAAAAACUGAAACAACUUCAACAAUAACAAAGACUAACACGACUGAAAAAACAUCAACAAUAAUAGAGUUCCCCACUACUGAAACAACUCUAACAUUAGCAAAUACUACUGAAACAACAACAUUUUCAGAAGCGACCACUACUACUGAAGAAACUACCACUACUGAAGCACCACCAACGGCGGUUAAGACUUCACAAACUGAAACAACAACAGCAGAAACUACCGGAACCGAAACGACACCCACUACAGAAGAAUCCAAUACUACUAAAACAACAGCAGUUACAGGUGAAAGUUUAUCAACUGAAACAAUACCACAGACAGUAGAGACAAUCGUGACUGGAGCAAUUACAACGACAAGAGAACCGAACACUACUGAAACAACUCCAACGAUAAAAGAAACUACCACUACCGAAAAGACAACAACUACAGAAGAGUCAAACACCUCUAAAUCAACACAUACGACAGGGGAAAUAACUACUUCAGAGGUAACACCACCGAUAGAAGAGUUCAAUACUGAAACAAUUUCAAUUACAAUAGAAACUAUCAGUACCGAAACACCGCCACCAUCAGUAGAAACUACAACAACUGAAACAAUACCAACGAAAGCAGAGUCCAAAACUACUGAAACAGUACCAACGACAGAAGAAACUACCAGUACCGAAACAACAAUAACUAUAGAAGAGUUUAACACUACGGAAACUACAGCAACGACAGAAGAGACUUUAACAACUAAAACAAUACCACCGACAGUAAAAACAACAACACUUGAAACAACACUAACAAAAGAAAAGUCCAACACUACUGAAACAACACCGAUAAGUGGAAGCCUUACCAUAACGGAAACAACAACAUUUAUAGAAAAAACAACAACUACAGCAGACACUAUUACUCCUGAUACGAAACCCACGACAAAAGUGACUAUAACAAGUGAAACGACACCAACGACAGCAGAAAAAGCACUUACGACAGUAGGAACAAUAAUUUCUGAAGCGAUACCAACGACAAAAGAGCCUAACUCUACUGAAACAACGACGGAAGUGUCCAACACUGCUGAACCAACAUCAACGUCAACAAAGACAGCAAUAACUGAAACAUUACCAGACACAGAAGAAAAAACAACUACUAAAGCAGGAACAAUUACUUCUGAAGCAAUUCCAACGACACAAGAGUCCAACACUACUGAAUCAACAGCAACAAGAAUAGAGUUUUCAACAAAUGAAACAACACUUACGACAGAAGGAUCCAACACUACAAGAACAAAGCCUACGACAGCAGUAACAACUGCUACUGAAACAACUCCAAUGACAGUAGAACCUACAAGUACCGAAACAACGCCAACAAGAGAAGAGUUCAACGCCACUGAAACAACAGACACGACAAUAGAAUUUCCAUCAACUGAAAUAACUACAGCGACAUCCAAGCGCACACCGAUUGAAAGAACAUCAACGACAACAGAGUCAAACACUACUGAAGCAAUAUCAACCAGAAUAGAAACAACUAUGACCAAAGGAACACCAAUGACAGAAGAGUCCAAACCUACCGAAACAGCUUUACCGACGGUAAAAACUACCAGUAUCGAAACAACACCAACUACAGAAAAGUCAAAAGCUACUGAAAUAACAGCAACGACAAUAAAGACUAUAACAACCGAAACAACACCACCGACAAUAGAGACAACUGCAACUGAAACAAUACGAAAAACAACAGAGUCCAAUACUAUCGACACAACACCAAACUCAGUGGAGACAACAGCAACUGAAAGAACACCCACGACAGCAGAAUCAAUUACUUCUGGAGCAACACUUACGACAACAGAGUCAAACACUACUGAAAGAACUCCAACGAUAACAAAAACUACCACUACCGCAGCAGUGACCACUACUACUACUGAAGCCACAGCAUUGACAGAGACCAUCACGUCUAAAGCAACACCAAAGACAUUAGCGACCACCACUACAAAAACAGCAACAUUAAUAGAAGAGACUAUUACUACCGAAACAACACAAGCGACAGCAGAGAUCACAACUACUGAAACAACAACAACACCAAUGAUAGUGGAGACAAACAGUACUGAAACAACAAUAUUGACAGCAGAUACUACCACAAGCGAAACAAAAUCAAUGCCAACAGAGACUACCACUACUGCAACAGCACCAACGACAACUGCAGAGACUACAAUAAUUGAAACAACAUCAACGACAGCAGAGACCUCAACUGCUGAAGAAACAUUACUGAAAACAGACCCUACCACUACCGAAACAACACCAACGACGACAAAGGCUACCACAUCUGUAACAGCACCAACAACAACUGAAUCAACACCAUUGACAGCAGAGACAACCACUACAGAAACAACAACAUCGGCAGCAGAGACUACAACUACUGAAGCAACAGCAAUGAUAACAGAGACUACUACAAAAGCAACAUCAGGGCCAAAAACAAUUGAAACAACACGAACAACAGCAGAUACCACCACUGCUGAAACAACAACACAAACAGAAGAGACUACAACUACAGAAACAACACUAACAACAGCAGAUACAACAACCACUGAAACAACACCAGAGACCACCAUUUCUGAAACAACGAUAUUGACAGCAGAUAUCACCACCACCGAAACAAAAUCAAUGACAAUAGAAACCACCACCAGUCCAACAGCACCAAGUACAGGAGAGACUACGACAAUCGAAACAACAUCAACGACAGCAGAGACCACAACUACUGAAGAAACAACACUGGCGGCAAAGACGACCACUACUAAAGUAUCACCGACGAUAGUAGAGACCACUAACAUAAAAACAAUCACAUUGACAGCAGAGCCUACAACUCCUGAAAGAACACAAGCAAUGGCAGAUAUCACAACUCCUGAAACAUUACCAACGAAAGCAGAGACUACUACUACCAAAACCACUCCAACGACUCCAGAGACCACCAAUCAUCGUAUCGUAUCAACAAUGACAGUAGAGACCAGCACUAUUAAAGCAACAACACUGACAGAAGAGUUCACCAUUACUGAAGCACCAGUAAUCAAAGAACAGACCACCACUACUGAACCAAUUAAACAGACAGAAGAGGCUACUACAACUGCAUCAACGACAGCAGAGACUACAUCAACAGAUGCAACACUAACGAUAGAAGAUACCAUCACUUCUACAUCAAAACGAACGACAGUAGAGACUACAACUGCUGAUAAAACAAUAUUAAGAGCAGAUACUACCACUACCAAAACAAUACCAACAUCAUCAGAGACUACCACUUCUAAAACAAAACCAAUUACAGCUGAGAUAACAACUAAAACAACACUAACGACACCAGAAACUACCAGUAUGGAAACAACAACUUUGACAGCAGAGACCACCACUACCGAAACAAGACGAACGAUAGAAAAAACCACCACUACUGGAGAAAAACCAACGACAGCGGACCCCACCACUACAAAAACAACAACAUUGACAGCAAAGACUACAAGAACUGAUGUAACACCAGUAGAAGAAGAGACCACUACUACUAAAGCAACACCCACAAAAAAGGAAACUAUCGCUAGUGAAACAACAGCAGAGACUACAACUGAUACCAUCACAACAACUUCUGAAACAACACCACCGACAGUAGAGACUACAACAAUCGGAACGCCACCAACGACAGUAGAGACCACCACUACUAGAAAAUUACAGACGACAAAAGACUCUACUACUACUGACACAACUUCGACGAAAGCAGAGACCACAAGUACUAAUAUAAUAACAGUAGAGACCAUCACUACAGAAGCAACCCCUAAGACAAUAGGAACCAUAACAGCCGAAACUACAUCAUCAACAAAAGAGACCACUACUACUAAAAUAAUACCAACGUCACCAGAUACCAGAACUGAAUCAACACUUACAACAGUAGAGAGUACCACUACUAACACAACACCAACGACAACUAAGGCAUCUACGACGGCAAUUUACAAAUCUUCGGUAGUUUCAGACUCAGAGUUGAGGUAUGGAGGUGAAUUUUCAGAUGAUCUUUCAAGAAAUAGAAUAAAUGUGGUAAUUAAUUACCCUAGCUUUGAGGAACAUAUUUCAAAAGCAAAAGACUUAUUUACGACAUUGGAACGAUUUACAACCGAGACGUCGCAAUCGAUGGAUGUUUCGAGAGCAAAACUCUCAACGACUACGGAGGAAUGGACAACAGCAACGUCGACAACAUUGGAAAAAACGACAAUAGAUACGUCAUUGCUAUUGGAAGAAUCUACAACAGAAACGUCAGCGACCAUGGAAGUAUCCACAAUUGAACCGUCAUCAACGGAGGAUGAAUUUACUAGUGAAACUUUAUCGACAGUGAAGGAGUUGACCUUAACAACGAGAGAAUUUACAAUAAAACCAUCUUUGAUAGUUCAAGACACAACCAGUAAAGCAAAAGUUGAUACAUUACAAUCUGCAAUUUACAAUCCUUCUCUUCUUCCAGAUUCAGCAAAGCUGUGGUAUAGAGGUGAAGUCUCAGAUGAUUUUUCCAGAAAUAGAAUAAAUGAACUUAUUUCAAAAGAAAAUUCUGUAGAACAUUUACAAGAGAACAAAUUAUCAAAAGAAAUACAAUCAAAUGAAAAAGAAUUUCCUACUGUGCCAUCUGCGUUAGAGGAACCUAUUUCAGUUCCAAAUUCAGCAGAGCUGUUAUAUGGGGAGGAUGAUUUAUCUAUGGAAGGAUCAACAACUAAAACGUUACCGCUGGAGGAUGAAUCCUCAUUUGAAACAACACAGGAAGAAUCGACUACUGAAAUGUCAACGACAGGAAAAGAAUCGACAACAGAAUCAUCAACGACAAUAGAUAAAUCCACAACUGACUCGUCGACGUCAACGGUAUUGGAAGAAUCCACAAUAGAGACGUCAUCUACGGUGGAAAUAUUGACAACAGAAACGUUAACGACGGGACGGGAAUCGACAACAGAAACUUCAUCACUGACUGAUAAAUCGUUAACAAAAAUAUCAACGACUAUGAAGGAAUCUACAACUGCAACUUUGAUGGCAUUGGAAGAAUCAACAACUGAAUCAUCAUCGACCCUGGAAGAAUACACCACUAAAACGUUAUUAUCAACGGUGAAUAAAUCGACAACAGAAAUUUCAAAGACAGUGGAAGAAUCAAGAUCAGAAAGGUUGUCGCCAGGUGAUGAAUCCUCAACGGAAACAUCAAGGUCAGUGAAAAUAUCGACAGUAGAAACGUCAACUACGAUAGAUGAAUCGACAACUGAAACAACGAUGUUGGUGGAAGAAUCUACAUUAAAAACGUUAUUAUUAGACAAAGAAGCAACCAGUGAAGCAAAAUUACUAUCUGCAGUUGACGAACCUAUUCCAGCUCCAGAUUCAGUAAAGCGGUCGUAUUGGGGUGAAUUACCAGAUAUUUUUUCCGAAAUAAGUGUAACUAGUCAUUCUGGAUUUGAUGAACCUGUGUCAAGUUCAACUUCAACAGAACUUUUAUAUGAGGACGAAUCUCCAAAAGAAAUAAGUUCAAAUAUAAUAACAUUAGCAAAUCUAUCACCUGCAUUUGGCAAAACAAAUCCAGUAGUAGAUUUGAUCAAACUGUCAUAUGAAGAAGGCUCAUCAGAAACACAAUCUAAAAAUGAAGCAAGAGUUUCAACAUUAUCAUCGGUAUUUGACGUAAUUAAACCAGUUGCAGAACUACAACAAGGCUCUCUACACCUCAAUCUGAACCACACGCAGAUACAGCAGAGCUAG